AUGAUUGAUCAAAACGACAAAGACGAGAGUGAACGACGAUUACUUGAACAAGAGUUGGCUUCAGAGUUGGAUGAGUUGACCGCUGACGAUGUUUGGCUCGAUGACGGCAAUUUUAACGAUACAAUUGUCGAUGAUAAGUUCGAUCAUAACGAAACGAUUUCCACAAGUUGGAAGCUAUUGCUAGAAAGCCUUGAGCGAAAUGACUGUGAAUUCUAUAAACCAUGCCACGAAAACUUGCACGAGCUACGUGCAUCUUAUCUAGAUGCUACAAUUGACGAAAAAACGCAACAUGAACAGAAAGUGAAUGAGAGAGACACUGAUAGAUUAGUAGUUCAAACACGCUGCAAUGCCCCUGCUGUUCCUCAUCAGACUAUUAAUGAGAUUGAAAGUCAUGACACACUGCGUAGCGAGAUCGAUGUUUUGAAAAAAGAGCGUGAUGACGACUUACAAGUCACUUCAAAUGCCAUUUGUGAGAAUUUGACGCAUUUUGUUUCUGAUGAACCUGUUCGAAUUUCACCGCGCUCGAUUUUGGAUUCGGAUCAAGACCUUCAAACGUUACCAACUGAUAUAUCUUCCUUAGCAAUUUCUGAAGAAGAACGAAAUGCACUCGAUCAAGUAAAGCAAGCAAAGCUUAAAGCUAUCGCAAUGCAACAUGAAAUUCGAAUAACGAGGCGUUUAACGGCUCAGGCGCGAGUCGAAACAGAACACGCAGAGACAGCAAAAUUGUUACUCUGUUUUGAAGAAGAAUUUCAAAGUCAAGAGAAAAAUGCAGCGAUGCUACGUCAGGAGGCCCAUGAGCGGUCUCAAUUAGCUCUCGAAGAAAUUCGUUGUCGACGAGUUGCUGCUGCGGAGCGUGAAGUUGAGGAGCGCGUGUUGAUGACGUUGGCUGAUAAAGAUUCGCAAAGAUUUGCUUUUGAAAUUGUUUGUGUGCGAAGAGAAGAGUGUUUGAUGAAAGCCGAAGAUCAAGCUGAAAAGCAUCGGAUCUGGAUAUCACAACAAAGACAAAAGAUUGUGGCUCAGAAUUGCUUUGCGCUAGUGUUAAUUGCUUUGGUUAAUUUUCACACACGUCGACAAAAAGCUCGAGAGCAAGAGAAUAAACGAGAGCUCCGCGAGUGCGUAGAAAUGCGAGCAGAAGAAGCCAGGGCACGACGUGUGAGUGUCGAAAAACGUCUGUUAUAUGAGCAGCAAGAGCGUGAUAGAAAUCGAAUUGGGAUGACUGCGGAAGAUUUACUGUCAAAGGAUAUUGAAACAUGCAUCCGAUAUGAAGAGGAGGAGAGAUGUCGGCAAUUAACGCGUUGCAAGAGCAUGCAGAUGGAAGAGAUCCAAUCACGCGCUGGAUGGGCUUUCAUUGCACAUUUGCGACUUCAACAACAACAAAACGAAAAUCACGCACGCUUUUUCAUGAAUCAAGAAGAAUUGCGUACUCGUAUUGCGUGGAAUUAUCAAAUUGAAGCCAAGAGACAAGAGUGCGAACGAAGUCUUCUAGCGAUAUCGUCAGCCUUGCAACGACUUGGACGCGUAUUAAAACGACAUCAAGUUGAAGCAUUUUAUACAGAAUGGAAGAUGUGGCUUGAGCACGAAAUUACUUGGAAUCGUGUGCGAAUGGAGGUUGCAGAGAAGGCCGCAGAAAAAAUUCAAACAUGGUAUCAAUUGUAUCGAUGUAAAGGGCAAGAGAACAUGGCUGUUCUUUGUCUUGAGGAAGAAAUUGAUAAUGAACCGCAUGUAGCUUGUGAAGAUGAUGAGGAGGAGAUUGUUGAGCAAAAGGUUUAUGAGACAGCGGAGGCUCAUGGGGCAGCUCUUUGCGUACAAUCCGCUUUUCGUGGUUUUCACGUGCGACGAAAGUAUGCUCAUGCAUUAGCGCUUGCCAUCGAUUUUGGAACGAAUGACGAUGAACUUGUGAUGGAUGGUGUGGAUAUAGAAAAUUUUCUUCAGCUUCCACCUGAAUUGACCGAUGGGUGGGAAGAUCCCGUACUUCCAGUAAUCAUCCAAGAACAAUAUUCAUCGAAAACUAAACAUUUUGACGGAAAUUGUAGUCACGACAUCGACAACAAAGUGAGAUUAUUACCUCGAUCUGAUGUUGACAUCCCGUUAAAAGAACCACAUUUGGCAGCAACCUUGUGGAAUAAGAUGAAGCGUGUAAAGCAGUACCAGCAACAAUCCCGACUAGAGCGCCAACGCCAGCGAGAUCCAAUCUAUCGGGUUUCAAAAUUACUGCAGCGCAAGCCUCCGACUUCAAGUAGUGUUCAGAAUGGAAAUAACCAGAGCAGUAGCUCGGCUAAAGAAGUUCAGAAAACGACAAAUUUUAUCUCAUGGUCAGUCACUACCUCUUCAAAAAAGAAGCCAAAGGUGAAAUUGCCAUCACUGGUAGAGCGACUACGAAAACAAACAAUGGCAGAACGAUGA